CUUUCUCUUCUCCCGCCGUUCUGCUGUUCCUGUUGUUCUCCCUUUGUUUCUCUCCCUCCACUCUCUCGUCCGCCUCCACCCUUUCCGCAGCUGAAGCCCGGGCUAUUUCUCAGCUUCUCCCCGUUCAAUUCUGCUGCCGUUCCGUCUGAUCGUCCUUUCCCUUCUCCGUCACGAUGUCUCUCUGUUCUCCUGCCGUGCCAUUCCGCCACCUCUCGGCCUCGUCCUGCGACGCUCACCCCUCAGCUCCCAUCGCCAAGGCUGAGCUCCGCGUCCUCGAUUGUCGGGUUCUUUGUUGCCUCAGAUGCACCGGGUCCGACCCCAGAGCUGCCCCGGUGGCGUCGAUUUCACUGAGGCUCUCUCCCACGACCGGCCGACCCCGGGUCGUCGUCAGCUGCUCAAAGUCAGAUCCCAAGGAGGGCCUGAUCGGUGAACUGAGGGUUGCGGACGGUGAUGCUGAGCCGAGAAUCGACGGCAGCGGCGGAGGUGGCGGUAAAGACUUUAAUGGUGGAGGUGGAGAUAGAGGUGGAGGUGGAGGUGGAGGUGGCGGCGGUGGCGAUGACGAAGAGGAAGAGGAGUUUGGGCCGAUAGUGAAGUAUGCGGACAUAAUGCGGGAGACGGAGGCUCGUGGGGCUGAGCUUCCGGCAGACAUGCUGGAGGCAGCCAAGACUACGGGGCUUCCCAAAGUCAUUCUCGAGCGAUACUUCGAUUUGCAGGGUUCAGUCUGGCCAUUGGGCUUUCUAAUCAGGCAGUUUGCGAUGCUUAGGAACCGGAUGUUGGCUGAUCCUUCUUUCCUUUUCAAAGUUGGAACAGAGAUAGUGAUCGACUCCUGCUGUGCGACUUUUGCGGAAGUUCAGAAAAGGGGAAAGGAUUUCUGGUCAGAGUUUGAGUUAUACCUUGCUGAUUUGUUGGUGGGUGUGGUUGUUGACAUUGCUUUGGUCGGUAUGUUAGCUCCUUAUGCUCGCAUAGGCAAGCAGUCCGUAUCAAGAGGUUUAUUUGGACAGCUUCAGCAUGCUUGUAAUUCUCUUCCGAGCAGCGUUUUUGAAGCAGAAAGGCCAGGGUGUAGAUUCUCGGUAGGGCAGCGGAUUGCUACAUAUUUCUAUAAGGGUGUAUUGUAUGGAUCGGUGGGAUUUAGCUGUGGGCUUAUAGGUCAAGGCAUUGCAAAUCUGAUUAUGACUGCUAAGAGGAGCCUGAAGAAGUCGGAGGGAGACAUACCUGUGCCACCUCUCGUGCAAAGUGCCGCACUCUGGGGUGUUUUCCUCGCGGUAUCGUCAAACACUCGGUAUCAGAUUAUCAACGCCCUCGAACAAUUAGUCGAAGCCUCACCUAUAGCAAAGAGAGUCCCGCCCGUGGCAAUGGCUUUCACGGUAGGCGUGAGGUUCGCCAACAACAUCUACGGCGGCAUGCAAUUUGUGGAUUGGGCUAAACUGAGCGGAGUUCAGUAGGGGACUUCCCAUCACAUAUAGUGACCCUUUUGAUUUGAUUUUAGUUUAUUUGAUUCUCAUUUUAGUUAUCAAAUGGAAUAUAAGUUUUUUUCUCGAGGCUGAAUUUAUUUUGGAAAUUUCAUUUUCACGAGCAUCAUCUCUUUGCUCGGCAUUCUGUUUUGAAAGCAAUUCGGUUUAUGACUCCGAAGUUUUGUGCUAGUACCGGUCAGCAUUGCAUACCGAAUGUCAGUUUCGGUUUGCAUUUUGUCUUAAAUAUCUCGUUAGGGUAAUGCUGGCAUGUGUAUCUUAUGAAUGUUUCUCUUACCAAACUCAAGUGUGCAAGAAUUCACGUUGAAUGUACGAUGAAUCACAAGAAUUCAUUAUUUUGCCGCA